AUGGAUGGCCGGAUCAUGGAUGGGCACCCUCCAGUCUCAAGCACCAAAGAGCAAGACCAAGGCAAAAAGGUAAGACAAGGCCCGACAACGCAACAACAACUACAGCGACAACAGGAAAGGAGCAAGGAGACGGACGCCGCUGGCGUUGGCGCAGGUGAUGGACGGAUGGACCAUUAG